AUGUUAAAUUCUACGAUAAGAAGUUCUUUGUUUCUAAGAAAUUAUGGAGUAUUGAAUUCCAUUAGAAAUUAUAGACCAGGAAGACCAAAGAAAACCGUAUCUAAAUAUGUUCAAGUACAAUUAUUGCAGGACAUACCACAUGUUGGGGUCAAAGGUGAAAUCAAACUUGUUAAACCAGGGUUUAUGAAAAAUUAUUUAUAUGUUGCCAAUAAAGCAUGUUAUGUGAAUGCAGAUUGUCCACCAAAAAUACCAGUUGUUGAACCUGAAAUGGAAAUCAAGAAAGAAAAAGUUAAAAAGACCAAACCUGAAGAAGAAACUGUUGAAGAAAUUGUCGAUAUUGUUGAAGAGACGGAGCCUACAGCUAUGUCAUUAGAAGAAUUAUCUACAUUGUUCAGCUCCAUGAAAAAGACAUCUACUAAAAAAUCUUCAAACAAAGUAGAUAAACAAGACUUGCAAGUGCAAAUCAAUGAUUUGAAAUCAGAUAUUGCCAACAGCGCUGGAGAAAACUUUGUCACCCCGGGACAAGAACUUGAUGACACCAAAUUUGAUAAAAUUUAUGAAGUUUCCGAUAAAUUGCCAAAAUUAAUAACUAUCGAUGCCAAAGAAUUGCCAUUUGGCAAAGAUGUGGUUAUCCAAACCAUAAGAAAAUUAACUGGGGAAUCCCUUGAUGGGGAAAUUGCUGUUUCUUAUUUGGACACCCCAGAAGAAACUUUAUCAGAGAUAACAGAUGUUGGUAGAUAUCAAGUCAAACUCAUAUCUGCUGAUGGAAAAGACUUUGUGUUGCAAACUUUAGACGUUGAAGAAGUUUCAAAGUAA